AUGAAAGAAAUCGAAAGAGGCCAGCUCCGAAGAUUUCGACCCAAGAUAGCAAAGAAGAGACGAAAAAGAACGAGGACGGGAAAUUUACGGCAUCAAGUUAUUGAGGAGAUUGAAAAAGCGUUGAGCAUCGAUCCCUCCCCGGUUGGUCAUCUUUUCAACAAAGUAGAUCUUGAUGGAACACCAGAAGCCUCGUUUUUGGAUGUACUGAAUUGCCUCUCCCUUCCUUCAACAUCGGUGUUAGCAAUGCCUUCGGCUGCCAUUCUAUCUAUCAACCGACAAACGACGAUGUUCGAAUUGGUGAACGAUACAGAUACUUGGUUGAUUCGACACCGACCUGUUCGAGCACAUCCCUAUGAUUGCAUGGUUUACUUGGAUAACUUGCCCGAAACGGUGACCCGCGAACGGCUGCUACGCGAAUUAAGGAAAUUUGGAACGGUCGUCCAAAUUCGCCUACCUCACAGGCAACGAAAACCUGCCAAUCAAAAUGGAUAUUCGCAGCCUAAAAGACUACGUGGAUUUGCAUUCGCUCAGUUUUCUGAUCCGAACGCUGUACAAAAAUUCUCAUAUGCAUAUCAUCACAACUUACCCAUGGCAAUUAGAAAACGAAAUUUAUUGAGGCUCUUGUUUUGCAAACAACGGCGUAGUAAAAGAAGGAAGACGUUGAAUGAGGGGAAUAAUUUGGCACCAAGAAACGUUGCUAAAAAUUCAGAAAAGGAAAAUUGUUUAACCUUGAAAGUGCGGACUUCUACAGAUGAAGUGAAGAUUGAGGGGAAGCCGAAUGGAAGUCUACAUCUUGAGUUGACAUCGCCCACUGUCCCAGUGGUUGACUUAUUAUCGCCAGAAUCUGGGGAACGAGGCCGUUUGAUGUCCACUUCGACGAUUGCGAGUGACUUUUUGGAUCGAGCCCGAUGUUCGCUUGAUGUGAUCAGAGCUUCGAUUGAUGAAGGGAGUGGGCCGAGAAAGAAACGACGGCGUCGUAAACGCCAUUUUAUGAACAUCAAGCAGCUGCAAGAUCCACAAAUGAAGACCAAAGAUCCUUCGCAUAUCGAUGGGAGCGUGUAUAAAUUUUUUCGACGGAUUCAAGUGAUACCUUUCCGAAUCUAUCGUCAACUACGCACCGAGUACACGACACAAAUGCGUAAAGCACGGGUGGGAACACCUUACGAAUUGAAAGAUUUGCAACAAUGCGUAGCUUUUCGUGACAAACAUUGGUCCAUCGAUAACGCCGACGAUUCAGACGGAAUGGAGAGUGGUGGUGAGGGACAUCGCGAGGAA